GAUCCCGUCAUUAGUCCCCACAGCUUCUGUAGACUACAUGAGAUGGUAUUACACCAUCACACGGGUGUUUAUCUCUCCCAGUUUUCGUUUACCCACUGAUCAUUACCAGCCUAGCUCAGUCGCUCUUCAUAUGACGACACGGGCUUUGCGUAGCAUCCAUGACAGAGCGACUGCUAUACUUGAUGAGGCGGUAGAUGUACAGGGAUACCAUGACGCUUGUUCAGGCAUUGUUUCACUGUGCGCUGAUGUAUUGGGUCGAGUGGAUUAUGGAUAUAUGGCCACCUCUCAGCAUUCCACCGCAUCUACAUCCGCAGCAGGGUCUUC